AUUUCGACGAACUUCUGCAAAAUUUAACUGUGAGAGAGUCACAAGAGAGCCAGAGCUUGUGGAGAGAGAAUAGAAAAGGCCCUGAGCUUGAAGAAGCGAGAGGAGAAACCCCUAAUUCUCCAAAAUACAACUCGUAGAAGAGAGAGGAGAGAGAAAGAAGAGAGAUGAAAGGGAUCGAUGGAUUGGGGAACGAAGCCAUAUGCGAGAGGCUUUCAUUGGUUCAGGACCUCUAUCUCCCUCGUGCCAUUCUCAGGACUGAAGCUCCUGUGGAACCCCAAGAGAAGAAGGCGCUUCUUGCUGACCUCCUCUCCAGAGAUCCCGUCCUCUUCCUGGAAAGAUAUGGUUCCCAACUGACUGGCGACGAGCUCCGAGAAUUUGAAACUCUAAAUGAUGAUUAUGAAAUCAACUGGCAUCUGAAACACCUUAGGAGCUUGCUUAAUCCCACAGAAGAGGAGAAACACUUAAGAGCAGUCACUGUAAAAAACCGGCGCCAUGCUUACAUGGAAAAACUUAUACAAGAUGGUCUGUACUUCUCUGAGGAUGCAAUGAGGGAAAGAGAGCCAUUUCUGCACCAUGAAUACUUGGGCAAGUUUCAGGAGCCCUCAGGUAGGGGCCUUGCUCGCCCUGGGGAACGUUGGUCUGAGACUUUGAUGCGUCGAUCUGAGGAAGCCAUAAUAAUUGCACAAAUCAGGGGGGAGCAGCAAAAAAGGGGAAUUGUUGAUACGUCUUGGGUUGGUGAAGGGCCUGAGGAAGAGGAAGAGGAAGAGGAAGAGGAAGAGGAGGAAGAGGAAGAGGAAGAGGAAGAGGAGGAGGAGGACGAGGAGGAGGAAGAGGAAGAAGUGGAGAAAAUGAGAGAUGCAGAGGCACAUUCCAAUGUCGAAAGAAGCAAUAUAGAGAGUGAGGAAGUGGAUAUGAAAGAACAGUUGGAACAAUUCACACGCAUGAUGCAGCAUAAAUUUCUUGCAGGGGAAGAUUCCCAACACUUGGAUUAUUCCAAAAUAGAUGACAAUGAAACCCUAGAUGAUCAUUGGAUGCGAGAAGUUAGCCAUGAUGCAGAGGAAAAAUAUUUUGAAGAAGACUAAAUCACCAGCUUCUUUAAUUUGUGGGCUUCAUUUUUUGUUAUUGCCAGAUUUGGCUUCGAGUUCUCGUGACUACACCAAGAACGUGAUGAUGAUAUUUAUACUUUUGUAAAUAUAUGGGGCCUUAGGGACUUAGCCUCCAUGUAUAUUUUAACAAAGGUAUUUCAGGUCAUUAACAGGUAGUCUGGUGCAAUUUAGGAAUUAGAUCAGGGUCUGCUUGACCUCAGAUGUUGCAUAUCUUUUCAUCAA